CACUAUUGGGGCGCGGUUAGGUUAGGUAAGGUUGAUCAUCCAUCCGGUGUAGGAAAGGCGGAUAUAGCCGUCUGUCUCUCUCCGCACGAGGAGAGAAAAAGGAAGGGGAAAGGGGGAGCCUAGAAGGAUUUUGCGUUAUUGAGAGGGAGGAUGGGUGUAAUAAAGGCGGCGAUUGGUGAUGGGGUGUUGACUUUCAUGUGGGUGUUCUGCGUUUCGACGGUGGGGAUAUUCACCUCUCUCAUAUCGUCGGCCUUGGGGGUUCAGGCGCUGCCGUUGGCUGCGAUUUUCAUCACCACUGUCCUUAUCUUUGUUCUUGUGUUCGUGUUCAGCGCGAUAGGGGAUGUCUUGGGUGGGGCCAGCUUCAAUCCCACUGCAACUGCUGCGCUCUAUGCCGCCGGUGUCACACCCGACAGCCUCAUCUCCAUGGCUUUCCGUUUUCCUGCUCAGGCAGCUGGUGCUGUGGGUGGUGCCCUGGCAAUCAUGGAGGUGAUGCCAACACAGUACAAACACAUGCUUGGGGGGCCUUCUUUGAAAGUGGACUUGCAUACUGGAGCCAUUGCUGAGGGGAUUUUGACCUUUACAAUUAGCUUUCUCGUGCUUUUGGUUGUCCUCAAAGGUCCAAAGAGUCCAGUAUUGAAGACAUGGUUGCUUGCCAUGGCGACUGUAACUCUGGUCGUCUCAGGCUCUGCUUACACUGGGCCUUCCAUGAAUCCCGCCAAUGCAUUUGGAUGGGCAUAUAUAAACAAUUGGCAUAACACAUGGGACCAGUUGUACGUUUAUUGGAUCUGCCCCUUCAUAGGGGCAAUAUUGGCUGCAUGGGUCUUCCGAUUCCUAUUUCCAGCACCAACAAAGCAGAAGAAAGCCUGAGAAGAGGCAUGAACUGAAAUUCUAUGUUAGUAGGUAAGUUAACUUAAUAGGAUUUUAUUCUAUUUUCUGGUUGUGGGCUGAAACUAUUAUCUGUCUAGUGAAUAAACGAGGAAGAAGAUGGAAGUAGAACAAAUCUCUAGUGAAUCAUUGUGAUGUAGAUUUAAGUCGCAUCUUGAAUUUGGGCCUUUGAGAACAAAUUUGGCUUGAUUGCUUGGAAUCCCGCAUUUUCUUCCUUCAGGGUUUGAUUUGGCCCAAACUGCGCAAAGCUUUUUUUUUUUUUUCUUUCCCUUUUAUUCAAGCUUUUUAUUGGUGGACUCGAUCCAAGAUCUUACGGAUCAUAGUUGAGAGCAUGUGAUAGAACCAUUGAUUAAAUUAUAAAUCUGCUUCUGCCACUGUGAUUCCGCAUUA